GACGUGCCGCAAGGACAAGCAUUGAGCAAUUGUACCAAAGGUUUGUCAUCCCUUACGGUCAUUUGCACAGAGGACACUGGAAUAAGAGGAUGGCAGAGGGGAGGUAAAGGAUCUUUGUGGCUUCAAGCUGGCUGAGGACGUCCCAUCAUCAGAGUAGCUGUUGUGUUUGGUAACACUGAAUUUGGACAUGAAGAUCCUUUUCCUUUUCUUUCCUGUUCUCCUCUUAGUGCUCCAAGGCACUUUAGGUUUCAUGCGUGCACCGAAUAACAAUGAGCAAUGCAAACAGGCUGGAGGUACCUGUUUCGCUGACCACUGUCCUCUACCCAACACGAGACCCUUUGGACGUUGCCAGCAAGCGGUCCCUUGCUGUCGGACAGUGUACGAUUAGUGACUGUUGACAUCUCAGCCUGGCUAAAACAGAGCUUCUGGCAGUUUAGGAGACACAUUAUCCCAUUGGAAAAUCUGGAAUUUUGAGCUGGAAAUAUGCAGUUUUCACACACAUGCACACACCAAAACAUGA